AUGAGUAUAACAACUAAUUCAUUGAAAUCUUUAAAGUUCACUAAUUCAGAAUUAGAAAAUAUUUUAGAAAAUUUUGGAGACGGUUCUUAUCCAACAUAUAUGCAGAAUGUGAAAGAGUUUUCCAGAUUGUUGAAUGAAUUUAAAUAUAACGGACCAAUUACUAAAAAGGCUAUAAUGAGAUAUUUAUAUCCCAAAAAAGUUGAAAAACAGGAGAAUAUUCCUCUUUAUGGUCCAGAGGACCUGGGCUCAGAGAGCCUUGAAACACCUCCUGAAUAUUUUGAAGAAAAAAUUAAACAAGAUGAAUAUUAUAACGAUGAGAUUGAGAAAUUGGAACAAUUAAGAAAUGAAAUAGAUGAAAAAAUUAAGGAAUUGAGAAAUGCUGAGAAUGAAGUAGAGGGUUUAAUGAAUAUCCCGGCUUCAGAAUCAGAAGUUCAAAAAUCACAUGAGGAAAGAUAUAAAAAUUACUUUUUGGAAUCUACUAAAAAUUUAUUAGAUGGUGAUAUUGACGAAACACUUUCAGAAGAAGGCACAAAAUUUAUUCAUAAACAUAAGUUACAAUUUAUUGAU